GUAAAACUUGGACACUUCCUCCAUCAACACGGGUUCCUUGCCCAACCUCCUGGAGUACAUACAGCCUCUCUGGGAGUUUCCUUUUCCCUGGGCUCAGCCGCGCUCCUCCCUGCCUUUCCAAUUCCUCCCCAUCCUCCCUUUGGGACGCGGGAUCCAUUCCGUCUCCUGCCACCCGGUGGGUUGGAGGCGGUCCCAAUCCUGCACCCCAGCCUCCUCCUAGCCGGCCGCACCUGCCACCCCUCCCGGUCUGAAGCUGUCUCGUUCCGCGCAGGCGCACUAGGCGCGGCCGCGAGGCCGAGGGCGACCGAAGCAGCCUCGGCCUCCACCUCCUCCGGACUCAUCCGCGCGGGGCUGGUCGGCGGCCACUGGGACCGCGGUGGGCAAGGGCCCCGCGGCCAGCGCGUAGCCAUGGGCUCCGGCUGGAGCAGCGAGGAGGAGCGGCAGCCGCUGCUGGGGCCCGGGCUGGGGCCUGCGCCGGGGACUGCUUGGCGAAGCCGGGAGGCGGCGGCGGCUGCAUUGCCCGCGGCCACCCCGGGUCUCGGGCGGGUGUACGGGCGCCGCUGGCUGGUCCUUCUGCUCUUCUCGCUGCUGGGGUUCGCGCAGGGCCUGGUCUGGAACACCUGGGGCCCCAUCCAGAACUCGGCGCGCCAGGCCUAUGGCUUCUCCAGCUGGGACAUCGCGCUGCUCGUGCUGUGGGGGCCCAUCGGCUUCCUGCCCUGCUUCGCGUUCAUGUGGCUCCUGGACAAGAGAGGUCUUCGGAUAACUGUGCUUCUGACAUCUUUCCUUAUGGUUUUGGGAGCUGGUCUAAGAUGCAUACCUAUAUCAGACUUAAUGCUCAAAAGAAGACUAAUCCAUGGAGGACAGAUGUUAAAUGGACUAGCAGGUCCAACCGUAAUGAACGCAGCUCCGUUCCUCUCCACGACAUGGUUUUCUGCAGAUGAACGGGCGACUGCCACAGCUAUUGCAUCGAUGCUCAGUUACCUUGGUGGAGCAUGUGCGUUCUUAGUCGGACCACUUCUUGUUCCAGCUCCCAAUGGGACGUCACCUCUUCUUGCUUCAGAGAAUAGCAGGGCCAACAUUAAAGAUCGCAUAGAGACUGUAUUAUAUGCAGAAUUUGGACUUGUCUGCUUACUAUUUUCUGCAACUCUAGCUUAUUUCCCUCCCCGGCCUCCUCUUCCUCCCAGCGUUGCUGCAGCUAGCCAGCGGCUGAGUUAUCGGCGGAGCUUUUGUAGGUUAUUAAGCAAUUUGAGAUUUUUGAUGAUUGCGUUAGCAUAUGCAAUACCACUUGGUGUAUUUGCUGGCUGGUCUGGAGUUCUGGACUUAAUUUUAACACCAGUGCAUGUCAGCCAAGUAGAUGCUGGCUGGAUUGGAUUUUGGUCCAUAGUUGGAGGCUGUGUUGUUGGAAUAGCUAUGGCAAGGUUUGCAGAUUUUAUCAGGGGUAUGCUGAAACUAAUUCUUCUCCUCCUAUUUUCUGGGGCUACGCUAUCAUCCACAUGGUUCACCCUGACCUGUUUGAACAGCAUCACACACCUACCUUUAACCACAGUGACAUUGUACGCCUCCUGUAUUCUCCUGGGAGUGUUCUUGAAUAGCAGUAUACCUAUAUUUUUUGAGCUUUUUGUGGAAACUGUCUACCCAGUUCCAGAAGGAAUUACUUGUGGAGUUGUCACUUUUUUAAGUAAUAUAUUCAUGGGAGUACUUUUAUUUUUUCUCACAUUUUAUCACACAGAAUUGUCUUGGUUCAACUGGUGCCUUCCCGGGUCGUGUUUGCUCAGUCUCCUCCUCAUUCUGUGCUUCAGGGAAUCCUAUGACAGACUCUAUCUCGAUGUGGUUGUCUCAGUUUAAUAGCACAGGCUCGAAGGAGUGUAAAAAGAGACUGGAAAUCAGUACCGCACACUGCACAUUCGCUUGGAAUCACACAUCUAACAGGAAAACAAGGCGAAGAGAGAAACUUCAUUCAGAGGUUUUGUUAGGUUACAGGUGAUCACAUUAAUUUAAUUACUAUUAGGUAAUAAUAAUAAUAAUAAUGUGGACUUGAGUGAUCAUAGGGGAUUUAAAAACUUUAAAUGGCAUACCCGUGCCUGAUUCUGGGGUUGGAAGUGUGAUGUCUUCUACACAAAGCACUACCUACCCUCUGUGUUUUGUGCCAGUGCUAAACUACUGAUUGAUUAAUGGUAAUUAUGUAAAGAAAUAAGGGAUUGUCUAUCACAUGAAGAUAACUACUUCCCUAAGUCACAUACCAGAAUAGGAAGAAAUGCCACUAACUUCUAAAGAAGUUUAAACCCUGUAUCCGAUUUUAAUUAUCAAAUAGCCCAGAAGUAUCUCUAUGAUAGAAAUUAGCCACAUGUACACUACAUUUUUUUCUAAUAAAGCCAUUUCUUAUAUGA